CAGCAACGUCUUGGAGUCUCACGUGUGAUAAACAGCAGGGAGACGACGAGGAAGAGGAGACGAAGAAGAGGCGACCAUGUUGAUUUAAAGGAAGAAGAAACACAAUAGAGGAGAUUUAUAUCCAGAAAAAAAAUCAGUGAUUGAAGCUUAUUGUAAAGGAAAUAGUUGAUCGACCGCGCAGUGAGUGUUCCUUGCAGAAAAAUAAAACAAUAAAGGUGAGGAGUCUGAGUUGUUGGCUUUGACUCUGAGGAGGCAGCAGGCGAUCAGGCCACAACUCUCACACUUCAGACUGAGCUGAAGACCUGUAGUGUCGAAGGAGAGAGGGUCAAACACCUGGAGGAGAAAGGAAACUCACACCCCCCACACACACUGAAGACUCAGCAAGGGUGGAAAGCUUUUUGGGCUUUGGACUCAGUUACCCCUUGUGUGAUUUUUGAUUUCAGGAUCCAUUUUUUUGGAGUGACUUAUACCCACACAGUGGAAAUAAACAGAAAGCAUUACGGACUAUAAUUUUGGGGAGAUACUUGUACAAAGUUGGGCAUUUACUUUCUUUUUUUUUUUUUUUUUGUCAAGAACAGGGAUAUUGAGCAACUCUAAUGGACUCAAAAGUGGAAAUAAGAAAUACUGUUCCAUUCACAAAGAGAAGUUUAAGUAUUGAAGUAAGAUUAUAUUGAAGAUCCCCAAGUUCAGAUUGCCUUAGUUGUUCUGUUUCAGGACUUGAACUGCUUCAAUACUUGUUCACAUAUAAUUUUUCUAUAUUGUGGACAAGUAUAUUCAUGCAUAUGAAUGCAAAUUUCUCUUCAUUUUGAAGAGCUCUUCUGUAAAAAGUUUUUUUUUUUUUUUGGUUGUUGUUUUGUGUACGUCAGUCACUCUGUUGUUGAAGGGGACCGAACUGCACGUACGUGUGUAUAUGUAAAUACUACAAAUCCACUUCUGUCGUCAGCUUUGGACUUCAAACAAAAAAAGAGAGAGAAUAUCGUUUGUUAAUGCUUUAUUAAACUUUUUUACAUCUGAAGAGAAUUUUUAAAAAUUAAACCUAAGACGCAAAAAUCUAAUACUUCAAAGGACAGAAAAAAAGAAGACAAAAACAGGGAAAAUGGCAACCGCCAGAACAGAAAGUGUGGGCCCGGUCGUCAUGGGACUGAAUAAGCAGAACGGGCAGCUCAGAGGGCAGACCAAACCAGCUGCAGUCCAGCCAGCACCAACAACUCAAGGAAAGACUUUGGGUGCUCCCCAGAAAGCAGGAGGAGCCUCUCAGGACGGAGGUGGUAUUAAGUUUGGAGAUGACUGGAAAAAGAGCCUACAGCUCCCUCCCAAAGACAACAGGGUCAAAACCUCAGAUGUGACGUCCACAAAGGGGAAUGAGUUUGAAGAUUAUUGUCUCAAAAGAGAACUCCUGAUGGGCAUCUUUGAGAUGGGUUGGGAGAAACCUUCCCCUAUUCAGGAGGAGAGCAUUCCCAUCGCCCUGUCUGGACGGGACAUUCUGGCCCGAGCCAAGAAUGGAACAGGGAAAAGUGGAGCCUAUCUCAUCCCACUGCUGGAAAGGAUAGACCUGAAAAAGGACCACAUACAGGCCAUUGUCAUGGUGCCCACUCGUGAGCUGGCACUGCAGAUGAGCCAGAUUUGCAUCCAGCUCAGCAAACACCUGGGAGGAGUCAAAGUCAUGGCCACCACCGGGGGCACCAACCUGAGAGAUGACAUCAUGCGUCUGGAUGAGACCGUGCAUGUGGUCAUUGCCACGCCUGGCAGGAUCCUGGACUUGAUAAAGAAGGGAGUGGCAAAGGUGGAUAAAGUCCAGAUGAUGGUGAUGGAUGAGGCGGAUAAGCUGCUGUCUCAGGAUUUUGUGGUGCUUAUUGAAGAUAUUAUUAGUUUCCUGGCCAAGAACAGACAGAUCCUGCUCUACUCUGCAACCUUCCCCAUCAGUGUGCAGAAGUUCAUGGCCAAGCACCUUCAGAAGCCCUAUGAGAUAAACCUGAUGGAGGAGCUGACUCUGAAGGGCAUUACUCAGUACUAUGCCUACGUCACAGAGAGGCAGAAAGUUCACUGCCUCAACACACUCUUCUCCAGGCUUCAAAUCAACCAGUCAAUCAUCUUCUGUAACUCCACUCAGAGAGUGGAGCUCUUGGCCAAGAAGAUCACUCAGCUGGGCUACUCCUGCUUCUACAUCCACGCUAAAAUGAUGCAGGAAUACAGAAACCGUGUGUUCCACGACUUCAGAAAUGGACUGUGCAGAAAUCUGGUGUGCACUGAUCUGUUCACCAGAGGAAUUGACAUCCAGGCGGUAAACGUGGUUAUCAACUUCGACUUCCCGAAGAACGCAGAGACUUACCUGCAUCGUAUUGGAAGAUCAGGGCGAUUUGGACACCUGGGCUUGGCCAUCAACCUGAUCACAUCGGAGGAUCGCUUCAACCUGAAGGCCAUUGAAGACCAGCUGGUGACCGACAUUAAGCCCAUUCCCAGCAGCAUCGACAAGAGUCUCUAUGUGGCCGAGUACCACUCAACUAGCGGAGAUUGUGACGUGGAGGAGGUCGAGGAGAAGCGCCAACAGGACAGCACCUAAAACAGGACGCUGAGACACACCGGGCUUUUGCACAGACAUCAGCGCUUGCACCCAGGCUUCAGGCAACUCUUCAUUUUUACAUUCGUCACUUGUUUUCCGAGCCUGUGGAAUGGAUGUCUUUAAAAAAAAAAAAAAAA